UUGUUCAGACUUACGAAAUACGUUAAAAAAUGUAACUUACUACUUUUUCCAGCGCAAAGUACAUGCUACUGACGAGGCUACUCCGUUUCAGAAUUUAUGAACUCUUAUGCGAGGGACAGCACCAAUAUUCCAUUUAGCAAAGCAGCUAUGUUGCACACUUGCAGAACCACUCGUUUGUUGCAUUUUAAACUGACGGAAAUUAGACAAAGAAAAUUCAAGAGACAAAUCCAGAAUACAAAUGGGGCAAAGUCUCUUUGAAGGAGCAGUGAAGAAGGAAUUGUCAGUGAGAUAAGAAACAUGAUUUGAAUGGCAAGACACUUGUACAAAAUCUUCCAGAAGCUUCCAGGAUUAUAAAAAGAGGCAUUAUAUACAGACGGUCAGAAAGCAAAAUGUACAUGGCAAGAAUAAAUUCCAGUAUCAAGCAGCAUUGCAAUAGAGAUGUCUACAAAAAGCUGGAGAGAAGCAGCAAGUAUUAUGAUAGCUGCACGAACUUCAUUCCAGCAAAUCCCUAAAUCCACUGCCAACUACAAGAUCCUUAUGCUAAAAAGGGGUAAGACCAGUCCUUUCAUGCCAGGAAGUUAUGUGUUUCCUGGUGGAGUAGCAGAGUCUUCAGAUGGUUCUAAGGAGUGGUUGCAGUUGUAUAAAGACAAUGGAUACACCAUCACAGAAGAAAACGCAGGAGGUAGAACACAAAACAUGAACAUUUCACAAUAUAUCCCAGAGAUUCUGCCACUAAAGAUUGCAGCUAUCAGAGAAACAUUUGAAGAAGCAGGAAUUCUUUUGUGCAAAAAUAAGCAUGUCCAUUUUCAGUCUCCAGUGUCAUACUGGGCUUCAUAUAUUUCAAGCUAUGAAACAGAAACCUGGCAGAAUAAGGUGAAAAAAGAUCCAAGUCAGUUUUUGGACCUGUGUAAACAUUUUGAAUGUGUUCCAGAUAUUUGGGCACUUCAUCUGUGGAGCAACUGGCUCACACCAACACACAAUACACGAAGAUUUAAUACAACCUUUCUCUUAGCAGUCUUAGACCAGAUGCCUCCAGCAAUAUGUGAUAAAACUGAAAUGGACGAAAUGCAGUGGUCAUCUGUGAGUGAGUUGCUGUCUAUGAGCAACAUCUGCAAAAUAUGGUUGCCACCCCCUCAGGUUUAUGAACUAGCUAGACUAUACAAUUUUAAUGAUGUGGAAACUUUAGUUAAUUUUGCACACGAAAGAGUCAAAUCUGGAUGUCCUUUCUGGAUGCCUGUGCACAUGAAAACAACAGAUGGACUACUCUUCAUACUUCCAGGUGAUGAUCUAUACCCAGAAAAGCCAGAUAUAUUUCAGGUUGGUACAAAACUUUCUGAGGUACAAAAGACAGCAGAAGAAAUGCGGACUGGAUGUGAUAAUCUGCACCGUAUUGAAUACAUUGAAAAUGCUAAAACUAACAUUGUUCUUCGAAACAUACUUCCUAGUUAUGGACACAAAUUGCCACUGCUCUUAUUUGACAGGAACAACCUGUGAUUGGAAAAGAAGGGACUGUACAAUAUUUGAAACGGACAAAAACAACACCUAUAAAUGAAACAUACAGAUGCUACAGGACAAAACUGCCUGUGACAGUGGUAUCCUGUUUUAAAAGGCAUUAAUAAUGGACAAUUUUUGGAUUCCAGCUGACUGCAAUUCAUUCAUGUGAUAUGCUUUUUAUCUUCCAUAAAUUGACAAUUUAACAAAGGAUGAAGUGGAAUAUCAAGAGUUUAGCAUUGUGUCAACAAGGAUUUAGAGACAAGAUGAUUCCACAAAGUAGAUAAUGUGUCACUGUUAUUUAUAACGCACUGUUUUUGUAAUGAAAAUUUUUUAAUCAGAUAUGGAUUCUAAAGUUUUAA